AUGUACUUUUUGGUCCACUUGCAAAGCGGCUACUCUGUACACGAGCACUCCACCUUAUACGGCAGCGCACACCCAAUUCCUCUGGACAUCACUCUCGAGACCCUCGUCGCGGUUGCUCUGGUCAUAUUCGGCUUAGUGCUUGGAGCUGAGAAACCGCAGCCCAUCAGUUGGAGUGCGUGGGCCGGCGAGAUCGAAAAGAAAGGUGGCUUGGAUAAUCCGUUUCUGGGAUUGGAAGAUCGGACGGCGUUUCUGGAUAUUAGGGCGAAGAGGAAGGAGUUUGCGGAUUGGAUGAGGCAGCAGGAUGGAUCCUCGGUGAAGCGGUGA